CUGGCAAGCGUUGCUGAAGGGGGCAGAGGUGGGUAAUUUGGUAGGAUUUAGAAAUAAAAGGAAUCAAAAUUAUAUUAAUUAAAUAAUGAUUAGUGACUUUUUUAAAAAAAUUAAUAAGUAAUCAUAUUUUAUCUUGUAAAAGUACAGAAGUAAUAGGCUAAUAGUAAGGGCAAACUGUGCCAUAUUCAAUGCUAAGUGAGUUGCUUAUGAUUUAAGUUUAACCCGGACAUGACAAUAAAAUCUUUAGUGGAAAUUCUAUGUAUUCAUUUAUUACUAAUUUUGCACUUGUACAAGGUUCUUUUUCUAUAGCGGUGCAGCUUAUAUGGCACAAAAUGCUGUUUGUUUUAAAGAAUUCAUAAACAUGGGGUUUUCCAAUUACAGAAGCUAUCAAAACCCAGGGCUAAUUCUGUUAACUCACCCUCAAGAAAUUCCAAAUGCAUGUAUAAACAAACCUGUAUAGUGAGUUAUUCUUAAAUGUUUCUGUGUAGCUAACCUUUCUGGAAUGCUUUGCAACCAAUUUUAUAUGUAUUUAUAUGGGUGAAGUUUUCUUUGGCAUAAUCAUUUCAAUCAAGAACAUCUAUCUUGGAUCCCAAGUUUCUCCAUUUAUCUCAAGGUAAUUAAAUUUAUGUUUUUCAGGAAAAGCAUAUUGGAUUUCCCAAUAUUUCACGUUUCGUUCAAUCUGAAUUGUAUUUAUACCUGUGAAAAUAUGAUGACACCGGACACUUUUCAGAUUUGGUGUUGUGAAGGGAUUUGUCUAAAUUAAAAUGGUGCAAGGUGAGGAGAAGAAACUAAAACUCAACCAACCAAUUAUAUCAGUAAGGCGAGGAGUUUCAGCGAAGAAGCUGGAAACGGGGGCGGCACUUCGACUUAAUAGAUCAGAGUCCACCGUGAGGAGUCCAGGAGUUGUUCCGUUUGUAUGGGAAGAUAGCCCUGGAAAACCCAAGUCUAACCAAUGCUGCUGCAGCUUUGAUAAAGCCGUCCGCAGACUAAAAAGUUUCAACCGGGAUGAUGAUGAUGAUGAUGAGCAACAAGUUAUAGUGAGCAGCAGCAGCAGGCAGUAUUGGGGGGAUCAUGUUGUUGAUACACCACUUCCCAAAACCACUUUUGUCUUCUUUAAGGGGUCAGACACUAGUAGUGCCUGCCCACCGCCUGUUGCACCUCCUACCAAUUUCAUGAUUGGUUUAUUCUUGCCACCAUCAACUAAAACAGUGUCCCUCACAAAACAAGGGGUGCUCCAAAAGCCUAUGAACCGGGCAGGGAAGCACAGAGGUAGGCUGCAACCAUCUAGUUUUGAUGCACUUUGUUACGGAUCUCAUCGUGACCUUAAAAAAGAAAAAGAAGAAGAAGCAGACGCGACUGAUUUUCCUCCUAAAGCUUGUGGAGCAGUGCCUCCAUUCUGUGUUACAAGUUCUACUUUUAUUAUGGAUCCCGUACCCGCAACAACUUUAGAAAAGACUCGAGUGUUCCCCACGUCUCCAAGUAAUAAAAUGCACACAUACUCCCCCGCUCGUUCUUGCAUAAAAAGAGUAAAUGAUGAUGCCAACGUGGUAUGUUCCCAUAUUCAUUUUUCAUUGUUGUAAGAACCCACACUAAUAACACUUUGUGAUUGCAUCUUUAAAAGUCGACCUGUUAAGGGAUGGAUGGCUGGUCUAAGUAAGCAAAAGGUAGAAGUUAUUAGAAAAAGCAGAUUUGCAGCAGGCAAUGGGGCGGGUCUUGAUGCAAUGAGAUCCUGCAAAAAGCUUCAGAAAUGGUUGGAUGAUCAGAGUAAUAGCUCCUCAAUGCAAGUGCAAGAUUCAGAGAGAUCUUCAAUUACAAACAGAAAUUCUCAAAUGAUGACGAUGACAAAGACAAAAGAACAUGAAGGCCAUGCAGCAGCAGCAGCUAAUUCUUUCACAGAUGAAGGAACCAACAAAAGAAAGCUGCCUGCUGCUGUCAGAAACGUAGACACUGAUAAUGCUAGCAGCAGCUUUGAUCUGAUGCAGCUUACUGCUACUUCGUCGCAUCAAGGCACGGCCAUAAAACAGGAAGCAAGUAGGAAGCCAAGGCAGCAUUCAUCAGAUAAAGAUAUGAUGAUGAACUUUGUGUUUCCUGCUGCAGCUUCCCCGCCACUGCCACCGCCUUUACCUGAAUCUCCGACUGAUUCUUGGCUCUCCCGCACUUUGCCUUUGCUGUCUGCUAAAUCUGCACCUUCAACGCCUUCUCGCAAAACCCCCUUCUGAUGAGCUGAUCGAGGUACACUCAUUAAUUGACCUCAUCCAUCCGCCUGCUCGCCCAUAAACAUUUCAUUUACUACUACUAUACACGAAGUAUUAGCUUGUGCUUUGUUUGUGCAAGAUCAGAUACAGAUCAGAACCCAACUUUACCCACAUAAAGAAUGGUGAUUAUAUUCAGAAGCAGAACAUAUAAUAUCAGGACGCAAGCUAGUUCUUCAGCAAUGCAGGCCUUAGCACACGGAUCAUACACACACAAACACACUGUAUAUUUAAUAUUUUACUGUAUGAAGCUGUUUCUUGAUUUAAUUAUGAAGAUGUUUCUUGAUUUAAUGAUGAUCUAAAGUUUUUUAUCCCAAAAGAAAAUUAAAAGGAUGG